CGAACCGCCGUGGCUGACGCAGUGCGGUGAACAAGCUCCUCAACACACUACCUGUCUCACCACCACUGACAGUCACCAAGACGCUCCUGUUAGCUCCUUUGUCGACGACUCCUACAGGUGCCUCUGCUAAACCAGUUGGUCCCGCAGACUUAAGCUCGUCUCCACACACACACCAGAGACAAGAAUCACAACUAAACAAGGAAGUUAACAGAGCUAGGGAGCCACAGCUGCUUGAGGCAUUUACGGUUUAAUUACCUUAGAGUCUCCAGAGUCUCAAGAGGGUCGAGCUUCUCUUCACUGAUGGAGGAAGUUCCCUGGAGGAGAGCAGGUCGGGGAGUUCCCCGCCUGCUGCUGCUGCUGCUGCUGGUGCUGCUCCACUCUGGUGCAGCUGAGGAGGAGAAACAGGUGUUCCGAGUGCGCCCUGAGAAUGUACAGGUGCGGAUAGGAGAUAACGUUUACCUGUGCUGUAUCGUGGAUCACCAGCAAGGCAAGGCGCAGUGGACUAAGGACGGCUUCGCUCUGGGGUUUGAACGGACGGUACCUGGUUAUCCUCGGUACCAGUAUGUGGGUGACGAAGAGACCGGCGAACACCAUUUGGUCAUCCGUGGUGCCACCCUCGAGGACGAUGGAGAGUACCAGUGCCAAGUAGGACCUAGUACCACUAACGAGGCAAUCUGGUCCGGUGCCAACGUUACUGUUAUGGUGCCACCCACAAGUAUCGUGAUGGUGGGCUGGGGUGACGGCGCCCUGGUGGAGGUCAUGGAAGGAUCCAAACUCAAGCUAGAAUGCCUGGUGAUUGAUGCCCGACCAGCCCCUACUGUCGCUUGGUACAGAGACAACAUAAGGAUUGACCGAAGCCGUCACCAGGAAGUAGUCGAGCCUGGACAACACGCCAGGAUGUGGAAUAUGAGGAGUCACCUGCACCUACGGCCUCAGUCUGGUGAUGACGGCCGCAAAUACUCCUGCAGGGCCAUCCACCCCGCCCUCAAGUAUUCCACUAGUCCCAUCAUCGCGUCCGUCAACCUCGCUGUCUUCCAUCCACCAGGUCGACCUGUAAUUAGCGAGUACAGAACAGGUGAAGUCCUUCGUUCAGGAGAGAGUCGCUUUAUCGUCUGCCACGUGCUGGGAGGUAACCCAAGCCCAUGGGUCAUCUGGUACCGUCAUGGGCGUCCCCUCAACAACGCCGCCAACAACCGCAUCAAGAAUAACGGCACGGUGACCAGCGCCUACCCUGCCAGACAGAUGAGAGCCUCUGGCGGCGUCUUCGUCAGCCAGCAAGUGACCGCUUCAAGGGAGGAGGACGGCGCUGUGUACGAGUGUCGCGUCUCUAGUGACCUCCUCACCAGGCCUUACACCAUCAACGUCACCCUCACCGUCCACUAUCCUCCCACUCGUGUUGACAUUACUGGGCCAGCCGCUGUAGCCCUUGAUGAGGAGUACACCCUUACCUGUGUUACUGCACCUGCUAACCCCCCUGCCACUAUCACCUGGAUCGUUCAAGGCAAGUCAGUCAGUUCAGCUACAUCGAUGGUGACUGAGGACAAGGAGGGAGGCUGGGUCACCGCUUCCAAGCUCACCCGAAAACUAAUCAAGCAACACAACGAUAAGGAGACAAAGGUGGAAUGUAGGGCGGACAAUUCUGCUUCUCUCAGGGGCGUAUCACGGACCCACGUCAUUAACAUCCUCGAGCGCCCAGGACUGCCCGUGGUGGAGGUGGAGACUGAUGAAGCUGUGGCUGGCGAUAAAGUGAUUGUUCUUUGUACCUCCCGCGGCGGCAACCCCAGUCCUGACCUCAAGUUAUACAAAGGCAGCCAGCUGUUGGAGAAGGUUAAAGUACAGACUGUAGGGACAGUAACCCAGGCAAGAGCUGUGGUGAAGGUGAACGCCUCUGACAACGAGGAGACGAUCAGAUGUGAGGCAACCAAUCUGGCUACCAGCUCCCCCGUCGAGGGUCAGACCAACAUUAACGUGAACUGUGAGUUAUUGGAGGUAUGUCAUCAUGUGCCACCCUCCAUCGUCAACUGGCACUCUGGCACCCAAUCCCUGGAGGAACCCAUUGUCAGGCGCACCCCAGGGCUCUUCCGUGGCACUGUUACCAGGUCCAAGGUGAUGGUAAGGGUUAAGGCUGAAGACAACGGGCGGAUAAUAUCUUGUGAAGCUGAGAACGGUUUUGGCGUCGGCGUCACCACCAACAUUACUCUCAACGUGCUGCACUCACCGGUGUGGGUGUUCGCUCCGUCAGGCAAACUGGAUGUACUUGAAGGGGGCGAUCUAACCAUCACAGCUGAGGCCGCUGCCAACCCUACACCUAUCAAGUACAGCUGGAUGCAUGAGACUGGGAAGGUGGUGGGAGAGAUUGCUACUGGAGAAGGCAAUGUCGGGGAACUUAAGCUGGAUCGUGUGGGGCGUCAUAUGGCAGGCACAUACACCGUGACGGCCACCAGCGCCAAGGGCACCAUCAUCGCCUCCUUCAUCAUCGACGUCCAGUACGGACCAGAGAACGUGACUGCAGCCUCCCGCGUGUUGGUGGACCAGAACGACACAGCCACAGUCCUCUGCUCUGCUGUCGGCAACCCCACACCUAACAUCACCUGGACCAGGGUGGUUGAAGGCACCAGACAGACCUUGUCGUGGGGUAUGGGCGAAGCUCAUCUGGUGGUAGAGUGGGCGGCACCCUCAGACACGGGCGUCUACUACUGCCACGCCUCCAACGUGGUCUCUUCCCCUCCCCCCGCCACCACCGCCAUCGUUGUCACACAAGGCCCCACAUAUACUAGCGCCAGGCUGGAGGAGGAGGAAGUGGCAGGGAAGUCAUGGGCGCUGGUGGGAGGUAGUGGACUCCUGGACUGUCGCGUUAAGGCUUCUCCUCAACCAGCCUUUGAAUGGAUCACAGAGGACGGCCCCAUCAGCGACAGCGACAGGAAGUAUGACAUCCACCUCCCUCAGCUGAUGGACGGGGUGGCGGAGUGGUCAUCUGUGUUGGAGAUCAGGAACGUCGUUGCCAAGGACUUCACCAGCUACAUCUGCGUCGCCUACAACCCCCUCGGCUCCCACACCCUCAACUACACCCUCAACCCGCCCACACACCCUGGCACGCCCCUCAGUCUCAAUGUGACGGUGUUGAACGACACAAGUGUUGAACUGACGUGGGUGGACAACACGGCGGCGACAACCACGGCGGGAUACACCAUCAGAUACCGGACCACAGACCAGCGACAGUACGAGCUGGUCGACAUCCCCGGCACCAACACCUCAGGCUUGGUCAUCGAAGGACUCAAACCAGGGACCGAGUAUUCCUUCAGCAUUCAGUCCUACAACGAUAUGGGUCGCUCGUACCACACCUCUCCCCCCGUCGUCAUCAAUAUGAGUGAUAUGGUGGAAGACAAGACUGAUACAGAAGACAGGCCAAAGGGGAUGCCAUUCGUUGUCUUCGUCCUGAUUGCCGUCACUGGAGGCGUUCUGAUUGUCCUGAACGUGAUUGGUGUCCUGUGUUUCCUCCGCCGUCGUGUUGUGUUCCGUGGAUUUAGAGCGUCGUCGACCAAGUCGUCGGCCUAUGAGGUGCCGUCACCCUCCCUGAUGGACCAGCUGUCACUCAGCUCGUCUGACGACAUCCCACCGCCAGACUACGAGCAGGUGAUGGGCUCAUGUCAUCUUGAUCCCUUCGGCGGGAGUCUUCAGGAUAUUUCUCUACCAUCUGGCUCCCGCGGUACUCCCUCACUAGCCAGGAGUAGCCCCAUGCUCACCUCCUCCAGCACUAUCUCCAACAGCGGCGCCGACAUCAUCGCUCCUCCUGACGACUUCUCCAGCGGCAUCGUCAACAUUGGUGCUGACGACCACGAGCAUCACUCCCUCCAUGACGGAGACUCGUGGGCUAACCUGGAGGCCGACCUGCCAACCUGCCACCAGUCGGGUUUCGAGCGAUCUCCCUUCGACCACCUCCUCUGUCACCAGUCUUCCUAUGACCUUCCCAGACCCGUCGGCCACAGUUCUGCGUCAACAUUCCGCAGUAUGGAAUCACUCCUCAACAGCCGUCCUUACCAGCCACAGCAGACCUACACCUUGCCCAGGCGUCCCUCUCAGGUCAUCUUCCACGGACAUCCUCACCUCCAACACGAGCGAGAACAUUACCAGCAGAGGGGACGACACGUGUUCCAGUACCCGCUAGUUCGGCAGCUGUCCUCAUCCGUCGACUACCAACAACCACAGACAGAUGAUCAGUACUUCCUGCAACAACAGCAGCGUUACCACCAGCAACCUUCAUUAGGGGCCGCCAUGAGCGUCCCUCCGCCCUACGCCAGCCUUGACCCCUCUACCCUGUACUCCCUUCACUCAACCUUCUUCGAGGAUGGUGCCAGACCCUCAACAAGUUACUCAGACUGGCCCCCCAUGUCGCCCACCUACCCCCGGGACGACUACAGGGACUCUUAAGCAGGAGGUCUCGUGUGGUGUUGGGUCCUGGUGACUUUGUUUUGUUUCACCAAUACUCCGGUUGUCUUUAGUGUACAGUCAGAGUCUUCAUUACAUAUCUGGUGUAUGUACUGUACACACCAGUAUCUUGGACACAUUACUGGCGCUCACUUGAAGUCUAAUUGUCUUCAGUGUGUACGCCCGUUUCUGCAAUAAGGUGCUGGCACCAUUAUUAGCUUCACUGCAACACUGAUUUCGUCACCCCCGUAGAGCCACGUCUUCUCUCUGAGGGUGUUUGUGUCUCUUAUCACCUUCUUUGUCUCACCUCUGACGACCCAACACCGUGUCAUGUGUCUACCAAACAUAAGACAGAGUACAAACCGUCCGGAGACCCCAUUCACCUACCGGAUAUGACCACACUGAAGCAGGCUCGGGCGGCACUGUGACCUCGACUAGUUCUCCGCGUCGUCGACCAGUACUCCAGAGCGUCGACCAAGCCUCCAAAUCGUCGACCAGUCCUCCAGAACGUUGACCAGUGCUCCAGAGCGUUGACCAGUACUCCAGAGCGUCGACCAGUACUCCAGAGCGUUGACCAGUCCAUCAGGAAAUUGACCACUGGCUGAGGAAUGAACCUCUCAUGUCAUGUAACAGUCGACCAGCUCCUGACGGUGUCCAGCAACACCUCAGGACAUCGACAUUUCAUCUGAGAUGUAGAUCCACCUCCUGGGGCGUCGACCACUCCCACAGGCCACGUAUGCUGCACCAUCCUUACGAGAGGUCGACCACUUGCCGCCCACGGUAUCGACUAGCUCUCCAGGGCGUCGAUUUGUCUUCCAAAUUGGCGACCAGUCGACUUAAGACUCCAACAAGACCUUCGUGAGUCAAUGGCAGCUGAUGUCGACACCACUCGUCAACUGUCCGUGGUGUUAUGGCGGUCGUCCGGAUGUGAAAAAUAAAAUCACUUUACAUGUCGUAUUCGUUCUCGCUUGAUAUUAAAUGUCGCGGAUUUUAUCAAGAAUAUUUCCUUUCUGGGAAUUUUAUGAUCCCAGACGAAAUUAUUAUACAAAUAUAUAUAUAAUAAUAAUGCUAAUAAUAAUGUACAUAAAUUACAGGGUAUCGACAACACAAAUAAGAAACUACAUAAUUGUCCAUCGCAGUCCAGCAUCCAUCACACACACACACACACACACACACACACAGUACACACAUCCAUCUCAUCGUCAUCCAGGCGUCUAUGACCAAGAUAUUGUAUGUGACUCCAGGUGAUAGAAUCCAACCAGUCAACCAGUCAACCAUCAUGACCCCAUCUACUAUCACACACACACACAUAUGUAUUGUAAAAAGACUUGACACACACACAUCAGUCUCUACUACCUCGGAUUAACCUCCCACAACCAUCCACCCCAGCCCCCCCACAA